AUGAAAUCCUCGAUGCUUUUGUUGACAAUCUUCUAUAGGUAUAUUGUCGACCUCAACGUCACCAAGGGAAAUCUCAGCUACAAGGUGGUGGACUAUGUCGGUGACACCCUUGAAGCUACCGUCCUGUCCAAUGGAAGCGUCAAAUUCACGCUUGAUGAGGACUGGGACGCUGUGAGUCUUGCUGGGGUGACAGAAGAACAAGACGUCGAGCUCUCGUACAGGGCAAAGGUCUUCCCAGCUCCAGAGUCAACCACGACCACGCAAGCUCCGACAGCUUCACCCACAGGGAACUUAGCUUAUUCCGUGCAGCCGAUGGGGGCCCUUGUUGUUGCGUGUGCUAUCGCCGUUGUUUGGAGGUAG